AAAAAUAAAGAGGAAAUUAGACAAUACAUGUUGAACUGUCAAGAUUUCAUGUUUCAGACAAAUAUUGAAAUCUCUGUUAUGAGGUUUUGAAGUGUAUUACUAGGAACACACGGUGAUGUAUAUUCAACGGAAAGCUUAAAUUCUGAAACGUUUCACAGAAAGGGAGGGGAUUUGGAUUAAAGGUUUAUCUGCAAACUAAACCGCAGACACCAUAAAAAUGCAUUGAAGCUUACAAAACAUAAUCUUUACUGGACUGUGUGUUUGAACCGACAUGUUUUAUGUAUUCCUAUUUUUUAAUCAACUGUUAAUAUCUUGAAAGAGUCAUUAUUUUGUUACAUUUUAUGAAUACUCACAUGUCAGAAGUCAAGCUGAGGUCAGGGGAGAGUCACAGAGAUAAAUCGUCUCCAGUGUGGAUGAACAGCCGAAAAUCUUCAUGGUGCAACUGAAAUGCCAUCCAUCAUGCGCAAGAGACAGAAUUCUGCCAUGCACGCUGCUUUUCUGACCAGACAGAUGUGGAGGGAGACAGACUCCUGCCUGAAGAACGCUCAGUUUCAUUUGGACCUCUGGUGCUGUUUCACGGUACAGAACUGGCUGCUGGACUUUGGCAGGCCUGUUGUCAUGAUCUUUUGCCCAAUGGAGUGGUUUCCUCUGAACAAACCCACCGCUGGCGAUUAUCUCCACAUGCUGUACAUCAUCACUACUCCCUUCCUGUUGCUCAAGCUCAUAGAGCGAAGCCCGAAGACGUUACCUCGCUCUGCGGUUUACCUGUGCAUCAUUACAUUUGUGAUGGGGGCCAGUAUACACCUGGUCGGAGACUCAAUCAACCAUCGGCUGCUGCUCAGUGGAUACCAGCUACACCUGUCCGUCAGAGAGAAUCCGAUCAUGAGGAACAUCAAACCACAAACCCUGAUCGACUCUUUUGACUUGCUGCACUUUUAUGAUGAGAGUUUGGGACAUUGUAUGUGGUGUUUUCCACUAUUUCUCAUCUUAUUCCUCUAUUUCACUGGCUGUUUCACUAUUGUCAAAGAAGAGAGGAUGAUGCCCUUCUCUGCUUGGCUUCUAUUGGGUCCUACUACCCUUUAUUACUGGUAUCUCGUGACGGAAGGACAAAUCUUCAUCCCGUUCAUUUUCACAUUUUUUGCCAUGAUGGCUACAGUUGUGCACCAGAAACGAAAAGGAUUAAUUCCAGACAGUAACGGACUCUUCCUGCUGUACAGUUUUGCAGUAUCGCUCAUGUUAGUAACCAUCUGGGUCGCGUGUCUGUGGAACGACAAGGUGUUACAAAAGAAAUAUCCAGGAGUCAUGUACAUACCAGAGCCGUGGGCCCUUUAUACACUACACCUUAGAGACAAACAUAGGACAUUUACAGACUGAGAAUAUACAGUCUUCCAUGGUGGUUAAAUAAUUAUCAGGGAACAGAUCAAAAUGGACCGGCACCACUUGUCACCUUGUGAAAUAUGUUUCUUUAAUGACUCACAAUACAAACAUGAACAAUUAUUUUUCACUUAUUUAUUUAUUUAUUUAUUUGCAAAUAACUGUAACAAAAAUAUCCUAUUAAACUCUCCAUAUAAUUUCCAAUUCUAUCUUUUUCUUAUUUAUUCUGUUCUGCAUUAUUCUAUUUUACACUAUUCUGUUCUGUUUUGUUAUGCCUGAUUUAUUAUUAUAAUACUGUUCUAUUCUUUUCUAUUCUUUUUAUUUGUCAACAAACAAUUCUCUUCAAAGCAUUAGGUUCAGAUUUACUAGGUAUUGUUUACAUGAAUAAAAAUAUAUGUCAGUCUCUGCCAAGGUUAUAUGAGAUUUCAGUCAUUUUAAUUUCUCUUAGGUGAAAUUGUUUGUCUACAAUACAAAAAUAAGA